AUGGCCCCAGGCGAAAUGGCAUCGAACCUCGCGCACCGGACUGCCCUCCAUUCCCAUUCGCAUCAAGCCAUAUCUUUAUGGGAUCGACAGUCCUGCGUUCCGCUUAUUAAUGUUCUGGGCAACGGAGAUCUUCUAAUACUUUUAUCACCCGUCAUUGCUCCGUCUCAAAGUGUGGAUGUGCUUCGAGACCCCUUUGAACCAUUUGGCCGGGCACUCGCCGCUAGGCAUCCCUGGGUCCGGCAUGUGCCCUAUACCGCUGAGAAUGGUAUCACUAGUUUUCAUGUGACAUUUAUCAAGAAAGCCAAAGUCUUGAUUUUCGUUGUUGCUGGCGUUUCAUUCCCGGGACAGAGACCGCAAGUCGAUUUAGCAGAUGUUGCACGAUUAGUAGCUGAGCAUCGGCCUCUGGUCAUCGUGGCGUGCCAAAACAAGGAAGACCUCGGUAUAGAUGAAAAAGACUAUCAAACAAUACUUCAGAUACCAGGGCAUACACCAAGGAGCUUGGAACAUGCAGCUGCUAUAUUAUUUGGCGAAGCAUCACCGACGAUGACAGGCCUUCCUGUGGCAUCCCAAAUUUCAGACAUACCUCCAAAACAAUGGGAAGUUGAAACAUUGCCCGACAGUUUGAUAAGAUACGACGUCUCGCCAGUUGUGGCCAUCUGGAAUGAGUGUCUACCUGAAAAGUUUUCUAUGGAUGGUUUUACAUUGAAAAGCCUGCUGGAUAGAGAUGGUUUUGGGAAGCAUUAUGUUGUCAAACUGCCAGAGACAGGCGAAACUGUGGGCUUCUGCGCGACCUACACAACGUGGGCUUUUAGUGAUCCAGAUGAUCUCGUUGGGUCACUUGCUGUCCUGUUGGUUAAGCCAGCGUACAGGAAUCGCGGGAUUGGUCUCAGCUUAUACAAUUAUGCUAAAGACCUGCUUACGCGCACACGUGGUGUCAAACGACUGCAGCUAGGUAGCACAUUUCCUCGUCUUCUCUCUGGUAUUCCCCGAGAGCUUGCAUCACAAGGCUGGUUCAGGAAUCGUGGAUGGAACCUGGACUCACAGACCCCGGGUUGUGGCAAGGAAAUCAGUGACUGGCACUUGAAGGUACAGGACUGGCCGAGUGGAGGAUUAGGCUCAGUUCCCCAGACCUACGUAUUUCGACAAUGCACUCCGAAGGAUUUUGCGGAAGUCUUGGAGUUUCUACGAACCGAAGCAUCUAGAAACGAGACCAUGGGUUUAUUUGAGGAGUACAAAUGGAGUCGUGAUUCCACGCAUGAUAUUGUUUUAUGCCUGGAUGGAGAUAAUAUAGUGGCGACCGCAUUGACUUACAUGGCUAAUUCGGGCACAAUCGCGGAGAAUGAUUUACCUUGGGCGCGGAGGAUUGGAUUCGCUGUCGGCGGCAUCACCUGUAUAUGUAUCGCCGAGGGGCAUACUACUCUGCAAAAACAUAGGAACUCUGUUAUGAUCAGACUUCUGGGAACUUGUAUUGAGUAUCUUCAAAGCUGUGGAAUGAAUGAAGUGUUUAUCGACGGUGUCCGAGGUGGCGAUCAAGGCUUUCAAGAUCUAGGAUUUCGCAAGUGGGCUGUUUAUCGCGAUGUGUGGCAGACCAUUUGA